GACGGCCUGUGCUGUCGCUCCAGUCGCUGUCACUUAUCAUUUAUCUAGCCCGAGCCCGAAUUAAUUUCGAUAACUUUGUCAAGUGCAGAUGUUCGUGUAAUAAAUCCAUUAAGUAUUCAUUUGUAAUUGUUAUAAUUUCUCGCUCGCGAACAACGUCUUGUCGUCAAGAAAUGUUUUGCAGCUAUUACGCAGCGGCUUUUUCCGUCCCAGUGAUGAUGCCCCAGUAUCAGCAUCUCAGGUCGUAGUUUUCAAACGAUGAUAUUCGCCGAAAAUAGUAUUUAAUUAAAAUUUCAUUUCCCUCUGUUUUCUCCCACUAAUCGUCGCAAUGAGUUCGGCUCCAAGUGGUUUCAGUAAGUUGAAGAAGAAGCAUUUUCGCGUCAAACAUCAGAAGGUGAAGCUAUUCCGUGCCAAUGAACCCAUUUUAUCUGUUUUUAUGUGGGGUGUAAAUCAUACAAUAAAUGAACUAAGUCAUGUGACAAUACCAGUAAUGUUGCUUCCCGAUGAUUUCAAAUCAUACUCCAAGCUAAAAGUUGACAACCAUCUAUUUAACAAAGAAAACAUGCCAAGCCAUUUCAAAAUCAAAGAAUACUGUCCGCUCGUGUUCCGAAAUUUACGAGAAAGAUUUGGAAUCGAUGAUUUAGAUUAUAAGGAAUCUAUGACAAGAUUUUCUGUAUCUGAAAGCUAUGUAACUAAGUACAGCAGUGGGCACAAACCAAUCAGCCGUGCUCAAACUUUGCCGAUUAGUAUCAGUGGUGAUUUGUGCAAAGAAAAGCGCAGCAAAUAUUAUAAAUCAGAUCCCAAGCGGAGAUCUCAACCAGUUGCUGUAGAUUCCCCAGGAAAAUCCGGUGCAAAGUUUUAUCAGUCCUACGAUAAAUUAUUCAUCAUCAAAACACUAACUAGUGAAGAAGUGGAACGCAUGCACUCAUUUCUCAAGCAGUAUCAUCCAUACAUUGUCGAGCGGCAUGGCAAAACACUGUUGCCGCAAUAUUUGGGAAUGUACAGGCUCACUGUUGACGGAAUGGAACACUAUGUUGUUGCAAUGCGUAAUGUUUUUAGCAAUCAUUUAGCAACGCACAGAAAAUUUGACCUGAAAGGAUCAACCGUUGAUAGAGAAGCCUCUGAUCGAGAGAAGGAAAAAGACUUACCAACAUUCAAAGAUAAUGAUUUCGUCAAAGAAGGCACUAAAAUUUACAUAGGUGAUGAUGCAAAAGAAAAACUACUUGAAACAUUAAAUGCUGAUGUGGGGUUCCUGACAAACCUUCACUUGAUGGACUACUCCCUCCUCUUAGGUAUUCACGACUGUGCUCGUGCUGAGGCAGAACGAAACGAGGUGGACGAAGGUAUGGCCGGUGGACCGUCAGACGCCGAGGAAGAUGAGGAUAGCGAAGGUGGCAUCGGGACUGGAGCAGGGGACCGAUACCCAUGGGGCUCAACUCCCCCCGACAGCCCCCAUGGUCUUUUCCGUGAUACAUCAUUGCAGUACGACGCAACCACGAUUAUUCCUGAACUGGACAUAUACGCAAUUCCUUCCUCUGAAAAUGCUCCAGUGAAGGAGAUAUACUUCAUUGCACUGAUUGAUGUUCUUACCCACUACGGAGUGAAAAAGCAAGCUGCAAAAGCAGCCAAAACAGUCAAGUAUGGAGCUAAUGUUGAUGGUAUUUCGACGUGUGACCCUGAGCAGUACGGUAAACGGUUUAUUGAAUUCCUAACCAAAGCUAUGGAAUAAGCUGCAAGGAGGCCAUUGACUUUUGCCCAGCAGUGUUUAAAAAGGAUGUUUUUUUUUUUUUUUUUGUUAAUAUUACUGAAUCAAAUUAUCGGUUUCUUGUUGUGUGUAUUCUGUCUCGUCAUUUUUAACAGGUUGUCUUCAAUUUUAAUGUGUAGGAGGGCGAAAAUUUGAAAUAGAGGACAUUCUUGUUCCUGGUCUUUUAUUCGCACAUAAAUAUGUUUUACUCCUAUUUUUUGGCCUAAAUAUGAAGAAAACAUUUGUUUCUAAAAACCUACGUUAAAAAAUUGCCUACUAUUCAUGGUUUUUUGUAAUUUUUUACCGUUUGAAUGGUCUCAAACUCACGACCGUCCCGCAUCCUGACACUAUGGCUCCUAGCUUGCACUGUUACAACUCGAAGAGUAAAACUGAUUCGAGGACUUAAACAUAAUCUAAAAACGUUUCUCCAUCGUAAAAAAAUAAAUAGAAGACAAAUAAUCUGCAGUAUAAUUCAUUCACAAGUGGAUGAGAGUGCUCGAAAAAGUUUACUCAUGAUCGUCACAGCUAGACUCUAGAGAUAAAUGCUCCUACCAAAAAGCGUGUAAGUAGAGCAACUGGAAUCUGGUUGGUGUCGGUGAUGCCCAGGGAUGCCCUGAAGUGGGAUGAAGUAUUUAUCUUCACUAGAUUUAAGUUUCUAGUGAAUCGCGGUGAUUUGGCGACAUCAGUUGGCAAGUAAUAAUUCUGAUCACUUGGGAGCUCACGAGCGUCAUGCUCGUUAUUUUUAUAUUGAAAUCGUGUAUGCCACUUAAUAAAGGGUAUGAACCAAGCUAAAUAUCUGGUGCUCAUUUGUUUGUUUCCGAGGUAGGCGGCACGUGCUGCGGUUUUGUUGCGAAACUCACGACCGUCACAAGUAGCUGUUCGAAUAGGGAAAACGGUGUAAAAAAAAAACAUUUCUGAAAAAAUUGGGACCAUAUACGGUUUUAAAUCCUAGAAAUCGCCCAGAAUUAGGAAAACACAACUUUCAGAGGAAAUGAUGAACAUGAUUUUUCGACUUUUUUCACCCUGAAAUGUCUCCUAUUUUAAAUUUUUGCCCAGGAAUGAAUGCAGUGCUGUUCUCACCAAAGAAAAAAACGCAAAGUGUUAAAGAAAUAAAAGCAAUUGAUAAAAUUUUGAGCUAAUUUUAAAAAAACACACACUUAAAAUUGAAAAUACAGCUCUUACAUCUACAGCACAAAAAUUCAUACAUAAAUGUAUAUAGAAGUCAUGAUGAGAGGAGUCAAAAGCCGCCCAUUAAGUUCUUCCUCAUACAUACUCGCACCAUGAAAUAGCUCCUCUUCUGUGUGGAAGCUGAAUUCUGUUACUCUCGACAACACCGCUGCACCUCUUCCUACCAUUCUGCAAUGACUAUCAUAUAAACUGCAGUACGUCACUGUGGAAUUCCAAUUGCUCAAAAUUGUGGGCAACCUGUUGACAUUCUUUUUCUCAAUCAAUGAUUGAGUAUAAACGUCAAAGACUGAGCUAUCCUUAAACAUUAAAUAGAACUGACUUACAGUCAACGUGAUAAAUGAGUCUAUUAAAUGAUCAAAAUAGCUUUGAGAGAAGACUGCAUUCAGUAGGACCUUACUAUUUCUCUUAUUCUCUCCUUGAACGGAAUGAAACUUACUUUAUUCAUGCUCGAAAAUUUCCUGCCUCUAAUCUUUCCCCUCUCUUAAGUAUGUCUUGCACAGACUCCAAAUCCUCCAUCUUUACUGUAAUAUUUUUCUCUGUCUCUAUGAAUUUGGUUCUUUAGAGAUUUCCUCAGAGUGGAAAAUAUCAGUGGCUUAGCUUAGGGACGGCAUUUCUGCAUUUUUGUAGAUUUUUUUGUCAUCCUUUGUGUUGCCUUUGUUAAGACGACAAUUAUGAUGUAUAGUUCCUGAGCUCACAAUCAGCCUCUGUUAUGUUUCAUUAGUUCAACCAUUUUGUUUUGUUCACUUUCAGUGUUACAAAAGUGAUUGAAGCCACAAUAUAGUUUUGGAACACUGCAGAUUUUCUGUAAUAAAUUUAUUCUGUUUAAAGUUAAGAUUGCUGAUGCCUCACACUCAAAAUAUUAUGCACUGAGAGAGGGGUGACAGUGGGUUUUAAACACUUUUAAUGCGGUCAAUAUACCCCCCGCGAUUUUAUUGCGGAAAUGUUAAUUAGAAGGCCUUCUGAUUGAGGAGCAACAAACCACCAAAUUUGUAGUUAGAGGGUUUUUGAGAAAAUGCGAUUUUUGGCUUUUUAGCGGAUAUUUUUGGUCAAGACACUGAAAAAGUCAAGUUAGGCUGUUUUUGUGGCUUGUAAAUGCAAUACACUUUUAGUCAAUCAAGUGUCAGUAGAUAGCCAUGCGUGCACAUUGCCCGAAAGUCUUACCCAUAAAUCCCCGAUUUUCGGGUUUUUUGGUGUUUUUCAGCAAUUUGGCCCAGAAUGUCCUAAAAAACCCGAUAAUCGUGAAUUCAAGGAUAAAGCUUUUGGGCAAUGUGCAAGUAUAGCUACCUACUGACACUUGAUUGACUGAAAGUGUUUAGGAUAUGCAUUUACGAGCCACAAAAACAACCUAACUUGACUUUUUCAGCGCCUUGACCAAAAAUACCAGCCAAAAAUCGAAACUUCUCCAAAAGGUCAGACCACAGAUUUUGCGGUUGGUUGUUCCUCAAUCAGUAGACCUUCUAGUUGACAUUUUGGCAAAAAAAUCGCGGGUGGUAUGUUGACCGUAGUAAAAGUGUUUAAAACCCACUGUUGGGUACGAUUUAAAAAUGCAGAUUUUUUAGGAUAGUGAAAUGCUUUUCUCUUUUAAUUGCGAAUCAGCCCAUGAAUUAAAUUGUAUGAUCCUGUAAUAUCAUUAUACUUAUUAAUUGAUAUCAUGUAUUGUUCUCUCUGUAAUCUUUUCUUUAUUUUACUACUGAAUUCAGUCAAACUGUUCCUGGCCUCAAUAUGAGCCUCUGUUUAUGCAUCUCUUUGCUGUCUUCUUUUUGGCAGAACAUUUUGUUAAAGCAUGUGCACAUAUGUCCGUCAGUUCCCUUCCUUUUUUUCUUUGAGCCCCAAUUUUUUUUGUCAAGCUCGGAAGUUAAAAUAUUCUAUUAUAAAUACUAUCAGGUAAAAGGCUUCAACUAUUGUGACGUUUCUCUCUUGUAUGCACUACUGUAUUAUUCGUCGAUUCUUUUGAUUAAAUCCUAGAAAUUAAUGUCAAAAGAAUUCAACAAAAGCAAGGAUUCCUAUCAUCUGUGCCAGGAUGUCAAGUAAUGUGUGAAGUAUGUUAUCCAUUUACUUUUGAUCAAUGUACGAGAAAAAAAUGUAAAUUCUAAAUUUUGACAAGAAGUUUCAGGUCUGUUAGCUGGGCAGAGCAGUUAAAAUUAUUAACUGCCAGCUUAUUUAAUGAACAUUUUCUCGUUGUCCUUGGAUUUUCUUUAAUCUUUCAAUUGAUCAGCAGUACAAACCUUGUUUUUUUUUUCUUUCAAAAAUUUCGUUUUCUUUUUUUCUUCGAAGAAAUUGAUGAAUCAGUCAUAAUCUGCGUCAAAAUACUUUUUCUUCCAAGAGUUUUGUGCCAGUAAAAAUUUUCCUUUAUCCUCGUUGAGAAAAUUUUGAGUUGUUGUAAACAUCUUAUGUUUGAGCGUUGUCAAUCAUACCUUCACCAAUUAACAAUUUUCAACCACUACCCUGCCAAUCAUAACCAGUCUCUCCACAAUCUCAGCGUAGAAAUUAAACAAUCAUAGAUUUUUGCUAAUUUCUCAAUAAUUGAAAUAAUCGCUGAAACCAUAUUUGAAAAUGCGGCAUCAGUUUGAAAAAUAGGCAAUAUUGUCUAGACGAUUUUUUUAAAAUAGCCUCUAAUCAUUCUUCAGAAAAUUAAAAAUGAAGUUUGACGGUUGUAUGUAUUACCUCUCCUAAGUCUUGAAAUUAAAAUUAGGGAAAGCUAAAAAGUUAUUGAUUUUAAGUGUGAAAGCCUAAGUUUUCAAAAUUAAUAAAAUCACCACGCAAGUGAUAGAUUAUAACUCCUCCUGACUGCUCUUUCUGGUGAGAAAAUUCUAUAUAAUUAUCACUCCUCAAUUGGAAGCAUUAGGCCUCUAUUUUUACUUCGUGUUUUUAAAAGUCAUCAUUUUUGUUGUGUACCUUAAAGUCAUAUUUUUCCCCAUCCUCUCUGUGUUGAGCAGCUACUUUGUCCAUUUCAGUUGUUCUUUUAGACUCAAAGUACCUACUAUUAAACACGUUUAUGUAUCUAGCAUUGUUGUUAGAUCUAUGUUGUAGCCCUUAUAUUUAUCUUCACAUAUAACCUCUGCUUCAUUAUCUACUUUAAGUAAAGCGGAAGUAUAUCUGAUCCUUUUUUAUGGUACUCUUUCUUUUAAUGGAAAUUUUUUUCAUUUUUUUUCACAACACAAUAGUUAAAAAUGACUCGGUUCAAAAUGUUCCUGUAAAAGACACGGAUGGAUAAAUAUUGUCAUUGCUCUGAGUCUUUGAUUAUUUUGUUUAAAGCCUCCAUGCAUGCAGUGGCAUGACUCAGAAUGUUUGCUCCCACCGUUUGUCCAAGGCUCUGCGCAAUUUUUCUUUUUGUUCUUAAAUUUUCGUGCCCCAUGCAACAAGAGUUGCGCCACUGCACGCUUGGCUGCUAGUUCACUUUUCAAAGCAAUUUUUUGUCAAUUGAUACGUUGAAUUCUGUUGUAACAUUUGCUUACAAAAUGCAAUGUCAGAAAAUGAUCCGAGAUCUCUGAGAUAUGAUGAGGAUAAAUAAUUGUAAAAAAAUCUUUUAAAGUAUUAAUAAUUGAUUUUAGUUCGGUGAGCUAAAUCAUAGUACCAUUGUAUGAGCCAAUGAGUGUAAUGCACAGGUGAAAAUCGCUACAAAAAAUUUAGUUUUGUCCACCAACAAAAUUUUAAAACCAGUUUGUCUAUCCUGGUUGAUUGAAAAGUCUCAAAAGUUCAGCUGUCCAUCGGAUGAAGAUUUUUCAUUUUUUCUUAUUCUUAAUUAAUUCCUCAUUGGGCUUUUUCUUUCGUCUCAAAAGGUGUACCUAGUUUAUUCACACUUGCCUCUGAAGUCUCUGCGUCUCGAUAUUUCUUAAGUUAAGGGCUUUUCAUCCGGAGGCACAACAUACUAGGCUUGGUCAGCAAUCUCUGGCAAUUGAUUGCCACAAUAACCAAUAUCAGCAACUGGCUUUGACCUUUUCAGAAUGAUUUGCUGCAACUUACGGAUCUAAAGCCAGGUUCUUGAAGUCUCUUAUCUUGUUUUUUAUAAAUUUUGUUUCAUUUUCUCCAAAGAAUGCUGAAGUAAAGUUUGUCCAAGCAACUUGUUGCUACAAUUAAUUCCAUAAAAACGUUCAGUAGUUCGCAAAUCAAAUUCAAAAAGUUAAAGUCCUUACUUAGAAAUCGUUAAAAUCCAGUUUACUACAUUUUAUCAAGUAUCAACUUUAUAAAAUAACACGAGUGGAAACUAGGGUUUCUUGGGUCAAGACACGUGCCAAAGUAAAGCUUUUGAAAGGGUCUGAUGGAACCUAUUAUGUAGUUAGAUCUUGAAAAGAUCAGGCAAACCAAGGUCAAAAUUAUGUCAAUUUCGUCCAUUGAUUACAUGAUCAUUUUCUGAUUAAAAAAUCUCCAAGUAAAAUACAUUUUUAACUCUAUCAUGUAUCCUCAUGUAUUUAGAACAUAAGUUUUAUAUUUAUUAGCCAAGCAAGAUCAAAGUCCAGACUCACGCCUCAGUCCCAUUGAAGUCAAAAAAUUGGAAAAUAUUUUAGUUUGUCUCAUUGUUUUUGCUUAGCUUUAUUCAGUUAUACCCUUUUUUUAAAGCGGGAUGAAUUCCACAUCAAAAGGAUAAGUUUUUUGAUCGUGGAUAAUUCUGGUGUCAAACAAAAUUCAUGAGAAGUAUGUAGUUAGACUCAUGUUCUCUCAUUUUUGCUAGUUGGCCCCUGUAGUUUUCUGUACGGUACUCUUUCAUUGAACAUAAAAUCAAACCUCCAUCAAGGUCUUUCCUUGUUAGUUCUACAGAAAGUACCAACUCAUGAGAGUUUUUUUAUACUCAAUAUUUUUUUUCAAUGGAAGAUAAUUCCCUAUUUUGCGGAAUCCCCUAGCAGAAACUGGUUUGUAUCGUCGUAGUCUUUUUAAAGGAUUCCUGUCCUGUAACUCAACUUUGAGCUCUAUAUUUUCUAAUGUUUCUUUGCAUCUUAACACUAGCAUGAUUUUUGGUUAAUCAGGCGUUUGGAGAUAAAAUCAGUGCUUAUCGAAUGAAAUCCUCAAAAACUGACCAUAACAUGCCUGAGAUUUUGUUGAAGCUUAAAUUUAAGAUCGUUACCGACGAGUUUUUGUAACUACUUUUUUGUUGGUUUUCAAAAUUGUGAUUAUGUUUAAAACAUUUAGUCAUUAAUCUAUUUUCUUCUCAAUUUGUCCUCUUUUCUUUUCUUUUUUUUUGUUCUUUUUCUCCUCUAUUUCUCCCCCUCCUUAAAAUUUCAUCCACUUUUGAUGUUAUGAUCUGUUUAAGUGUGGGAGAAUAAAAUCUUUGAUAUUGAUUCUGCUGAAA